GUCAUUACGCACCGUUUCUAAACAAAGCUCAGGAAGGGAAAAAAAGCCACGUUGACGUUUGAAGAGUGAAGUGUUGUCCGCGAUUUCAGGGGCCAGAAUAAAGCAGUGUUUGUGUUUUUCAGACGCUCCGGUUUCUCGCCGCAGACUCCACAUCGGUGCAAACAUGUCAUCGCCGCCGAAGGAAAAAGUGGAAACCAAAGGAGGACAUCUCCCCGCAGUGAAAGCUGGCGGUAUGAGGAUAGUGCAGAAGCACCAGCAGGCUGCUGCUGCUGCUGCUCCAGAACCACCACAGAAAGAUGACGAAGAGGAGGAGGAGGAGUACGUCAGCAGGAGUCCACCAAAGGUCCCUGUGAUUGUGUCUGGAGUGGUGACAAAGGGCGAUAAGGACUUCACCCCUGCAGCCGCCCAGGUCGCUCACCAGAAGCCCCAGCCUUGUGUCUCCAAGCUGCCCGCCGCUCAGCACAUCAACCAGCACAUCCACCAGCCCCGCAAGUGAACAAGGCAGCAGGCAGCCAUGGCUACGCUUACCACCCCCGACCCCCACCCAACCGCAUCCACCAGGCACAGAUCUGCUCCAAAUAAUCCGAGUAGUUCACUGUAGGCCUCUUGAAUUUCAAUGUAUGAGAUGUAUCAGCAUCAGACACCUAAUGUGAAUACAGCCAUCAUAGAAUUAUCACCCCCUCCCCUGCUCCCCCGCUGCUUUUGGUGCUGCACUAUUAGUUCUGCACUUUCGGGGCUUCUUCUUAAGAUAUAUUGUUUUUACAGCUGUACAGUCUUAAGGUGGAAUGCGUGGUGGGAGGUGUUAUAAUUGCUAUAAUUGUUUUUGGGGGGGGGCGACACGACGUGCCGGCCAUCCUCACAUCACAGCAGCCUGUCACUCAGCUAACUAAACGCCGCAGCCUUCUACUUUUGAUUUUCACUAAUAACCACACCAAUCAAAUAAAUCAGGAGGGGGGGGCGACACACCAAUUUUAAAUGAAUCAACACAAACCAAGAAAAAACACCGAGCGACUUCUCAAAUGCUAAACACAGUGGGGGGGUGGAUCACUGAGACUUUUGCCAAAUUGCAGAGAGGAGAAAUCAGACCAUACAAGACUGCAUUAACCAAUCAUUGGCCUUAACACUGAGGUUAACGGCAGGUUUGACAAGUGUUCCAUUUCAACAUUUCUUCAUCUAUAGAUGCCCAACAAGCAGAACCAAUGAGAUGCAAUAGAAAGAAAAGAAAAAACGCCCACAUUGCUGUUAUGAUGGCUUUUAUUACCCAAGUAGCUCCUUGACGCAUGCCGUUAGUGACGUGACUAAAAUGCCAGCUGCGCUUGAAGCCAAACGCUUGUGGUGCUUUUGGGCCGUCGCCAAGUAUUCUGCUUUUGCCACAGGUUACAUGUCACCGUUGUUACCUUUUAUUUAAUGGAGAGAGUGAUCUCUGUUUUUCCCGCCGCCUUGUCGGAGCUGUAAUAAUGUCUGUCCUUCCCCGAUGUGCUUUGGAUGCCAACGCGACCUGCUUCGCGGUAAAAGUAUCCCAUCAGUGCCUCGUUGGGCUUUUCUGUCCCAUUUGACUCGCAUGGAUUUCCAUUUUAUUUGCCUCGCACCGGAGUCAACUGGAAUGAAAUUAGAUCCAAAGAUGUAAUGAAAUCUUCUGCGAAGCG